CUUCAAAUUAGGGUUUUCUUACGACCCCUUCCCAUACAUUAAAGCCGCCGCCGCCCAAUCUGUUUCUCUGUGACGUUUCCAGAUCUGAAGCUUGAAGUGGAGUCCUAUCAGUUCUCAUCUUGGAAAAAAAAAUGACUCAAAUCAAUUUGCCCUUCCAAAUUGGGCAAAUUGUGGAGGUUAAAUCUUUUAUCAGAGGAUACCGUGGAGCUUGGUUUCGAUGCAAGGUAAUGCGGCUAUCAAUACUUAGUGUAACCUAACUCUUGGUUUUGAAGCAAGAUAAUUGGACUCAUUGAGACAACCUUUACCCAAAAUUUUUAUAUCAUAUAGGUCAUUCCUUGAUAGGAGUAAUGUAUGUACAAAUGAAUCUUGAAGACUAGUUGUAAGAACUACAUACCAAUCACUAAAACUACAUGUUAACCACUAUUUGAUGUAGUGUCUGUUGAUUCCACAAAGUUCUUAUGGAACUCUUUUGUUCUUUCUCCUUUGACAUUCCUUUUGAGUUGCCAUCCUCGCCGCAAUUCCAACAACCUUUGUUUUUCAAGGUCCUAACUUAAUUUACAUGCCCCUCCAUUGUUCAUCUUCCUCUUUUGACUUCCAAAAUAUGAUUUCUUCUUAGCAACCUUUUUCUUUUAGGUCUCCAUCUCAAUCAACCUUUCUAUUCUUACAGCUCGAGUGGACCCGAGUUCAAGACUCGGGCCCAUGUCUCUAUUUUUUCAUGUGGAGAUUAUAUCCCUGUCAAGUCCUCUUAAAUCUAAAGACCAAUCUUCUCACUCUUUUGGAGGUGUCUUACACACCACCAUACUAAGAGCUACUUGGUUAAUUCAAUGAUUUUUUUUGGAAUCUCAAAAUCUUAUAUCUUUUUACAUAGAACUCAAUGAACCUUUUUGGGUUGGAUAUCAGUUUGAUGCAACCACAUCAAUUCUUCAUUGUCUCUUUUGGCAUAUCUAUGAGGUUGAGCCAUAUAUAUCCCUUCAUCUAGUUCUCCAUGAGAAAAUGAUGUUUUAACAUCUAACUGCUAUGGUUCAAAUAUUUGGGCACUAAUUACUUAUGAAAACAUGUUUUAGCACAUGAAAAAAGAUUUCAUUGUGAUUCAUCUUUUUUUGCACACUCUUUCAUAACAAGCCUAGUUUUUAAUUCUUGAACAUCCUGAUUUUCUUUUGGCACAUCCAUAUAGAGAUUCCGUUUUCUUAUCAUUGACUCUUCCUCUUUGUCCUUGAAUGGAUUUCUGAUGGCAGCCUUGUAAUUAGAUUGGUAUAGCUGAUCUCUCCAUUUUUUUAUGUUAGCAAAGCAAUAUUUACAAAAUUACUUCAAAUCUCGUAGGAGCUUUAAGAUUUCUUCUCAUUAUCUCUAGCAAGUUGAGUAAUCUGCUAGUUCUAACUUAGAUCCUCAACUCCUCUUCCUUAAUAGCACUCGUAGCAUUGUCAUCAGAUUCACCAAUAUCUCCUCGUAACUCUGAUGAUGUUCACCUGUAGCUCAUUAUAGAAUUCAUCUUUAACGUUGUCAUCAUAUUGGAGAUACUUUUCUGUGAUUAGAUAUAACUAGUCGAACUAAUGUAAAAUUUCGACUGUCUUUUUUGUUUUUGAUGGUUUAUUAGAUAUUGGAUAUAAGCAAUGAAAAGGGUGAACUAAGAUACAAGUUUAAGUAUCUCGACUUUCCAGAUGAACGUUAGUUUUAUCCUCCAAGUAUAUAUCUAUUUCGGUUUUCUAACUAUUGUAAUGUUUUGCAAAUGAUAUAUGUUUCAGCUUUAGAUAAUGCACUGGUCUUUGAAACACCUAAAGGUGGGACAGAAAGUCAGCUAAUGCUUCGUCCAAAAUAUCCACCACUUUAUCUUGAAAGUGAAUAUCUUAAUCUCGAGAGUGACAACGUAGAACCUCUUGUCGUCGUUCAUGAUUCUUGGAAAGUUGGAGAUUUAGUUGAUUGGUUGAGAGAUGACAUUUAUUGGUCUGGAGAAAUUGUGGAAAUGAGAGGUAGGAGAGCAUGUCAGAUCGAAUUGCUUCCUAAACCAGAAGGGGAAGGAGAUAGUUAUCAAGGUUUGUGUAAGAAUUUGCGUCCACGGUUGGAUUGGUCAGUGGAAGAUGGUUGGAAAGUGCCUUGCACUGCGGAUGGGAAAAAAUGUGCUAAGAUCGUGACAUCUAAGAAAGAAGAUGGUGGAAUUGGAGAUGAAUGUGAAACUGCAAAAGAGCAAACGAAGAAAACCACAAAGCAAGUGGAAGGCAAUGAAGGUCUUAGGCUUAAUAUUAUGGAAUCGGAUGGAAUUGAAGCUGCUGUGUUGGACAUAGAAGAGCUUAUCGUUCGAAUUGAUUGGUUUAAAGGAAUAUUAAAGCCGGAUGUUGGAGAAGGUGCAAAAUGUUCUUGGAAGUAUGAAGAUUACCGCCCAUCUUCCUCUGGAAUGUGAAUUCAUAAUGGUAGUAGUAGAAAAAAACUGAAGUUGUUGAUGAAGAAAGUAGAGUAAAAUGGUAGAAUGGACGUACGUGAGUAGGAGGAAGCCAAAUAUAUUAGUAGGUUGACGUUGUUUAUAUCUUUUUGACAAACUCUAGAAUGCUUAAAACUACUAGUUUCAGAGUUUGUACAUAUGUUUUAGGAUUUUAUUGGAAACGAAUGACAUGUUUUGUGCUUUUAUCCAUGUCCAAUAGACAAUAGUAAAAGUUUCAGGUCCA